AACCCCAGCGGUAUACCCUUGAAGUCAACAUGGCGGAUUCGUCGGAGAUCGAGGGUUUUGAGAAAAAAUGUUUAAUUUCUCCGAUCACAUGUCUUCUGUUCGUAGAUGGAUUGCUGUUGUCAGGGGAAGGGCCAUCUUUGUGUCUGUACAGUAUACAUAGUGGUGGAAAGCUCCUUCAAAAGUCUGUUCUUGGUGAAGCAAGAGUUCAUGGAAUGCAAGCAUGUUGUAGUAGUCUUGACCUACCAAUGGUUGCCAUAUUUGGACAAAAAACCCUGAGAAUUGUUCAAGUUGAAAAUAACAGCUCGUUAAAAUGCACAUCUGCCAUCAUAAAAUUCCCUGACCUAAUACUGGACUCCCACUGGUUGAGAAGUGAAAAGGGAGUCAACAGUUUAGUUGCUAUAGUAACAGCACACAAUGCUGUUUGGUGCUUGGAUAUAAAGCAGGGAAGACACUGGAUGGUGGCACAGUGUGAAGAGGACUCCAUAUUAUAUUCUGCCAGAUUUUUUGGUCAAGAUUUGGAGAGUCUUGUACUUGCUUCUGGUACAGUCUUUAACCAAAUUCUUCUCUGGAAAGUACAGGGAGAGAAAACGGAUAACAAUCAGACUUGCAUCCAGCAGAGAUUAUCAGGGCAUGACGGGGUUAUAUUCUCUCUGAACUUUAAUGAAGCCGGCACAAUGAUGGCAUCAGUGUCAGAUGAUCGUAGUAUCAGACUUUGGAGGUUCACAGGAAAGCAAUGUAAUAGUGCGAUUGAAGCUGAGUGUGUGCUAACUGUGUAUGGCCAUUCCGCUCGUGUGUGGGAUGCACAACUGCUAUCUGAUGUCAUUGUUAGUAUCGGAGAAGAUGCUGCUUGUAAUGUAUGGAAUUAUGAUGGGAGGCUUCUGAAGACAUUCACUGGCCAUAAAGGGAAAAGUAUAUGGAGUCUAGCAAUUGAUAAAGUUGCUGGAGUUAUUGCCACAGGUGGAGGUGACUCUAGUAUUAGACUCUGGUCACUACAAGACCUCAGCAAUGGACUCACCAUUUCAACUGAAACAGCAGCACCAAGCGCAAAUGCAAGUCUUCCAGUCACCAAAGAUGGCGUUGAUACACCCCGUAGUGUAGCCAUGAUUCAUGAUUGCAAUCUCCUUGUGAUGACAACUCUCGGACGUGUCUACAAGUACUUCUGGAGAAAUUCCAUCAAGAGCGAAACCAAUUCUCUCGGAGUUGACUCUAAAGACCCAAGCAACCAGUGUACUGCCUCCCUUAGCAACCAGACUGACCUUAGCAACCAGACUGACCUUAGCAGUCAGAGUCACCUGAAUUCUAGUGACCCAAGUUCACAUACCUUUGAGCCAAACAUUGGACAAAGUGGAACAUAUAUGCAAGUUUCCUGUGACAACCAAAAAGGGCUAAACCCAAAUACUAAACAAGGUCUAUCUACUAACAGUGGUAUUCGUAGCAAUCCGGAUGAUUGGGUUUUGGUUCUGGAAGAUAUGAACUAUUCUUCAUACAGUCUGAUGGAAGUAUCACCUAACAAGAAGUUGGUGGCAUUUGGAAACCUCAAGGGUUACAUAAAGGUCAUUGAUUCUGACUUCAAGUGGAAGCCAUCAGAAGUCCAAGCAUACUCCAGUAAAGUCCUUAGUCUGUUAUGGUCACUUGGUCAGCACCAGUAUAAUCUGUUCACGUGUGGACCUGAUGGGAACACGAUGUGGUGGAGAAUCCGUCCUGACUCUACUGACCAGACCUUCCACUUGGCGCCUCAUAGGCAAUUCAAUAUCCCGCCAGCCAAGCAGAGAUGGGCGUCAGCCGUGGCCAUAAUCCCACGCCCUGGUCAACUUGGUGUAGGUGAUGGUGAGAGUGAUACUCCUAUGGUUGUGUUUGGUGAUCGCAAAGGAUCGAUCCAUCUGUUUGACAGCAGAACAACAGACCCAGAAAAGGAACUUUAUGCAGUCGACAGCUUGCCUGGGUUACAUGGGCGCACUGGCGUGACACAGCUAGUCACGCAUCAAAACCAGCUGUAUUCCACAGGCCGUGACGGAACGUACCGCCAGUACAAAGUCCAUGAGUCACGUCUCGAACUGACUGACACCAAAAAGGUGUUCAAAGGUGUUGAAUGGGUCGAAAGAAUUCAGUUCACGCCAGAUGGAGAUGUUAUAAUUGCUGCUUUCCACACGGCCUUCUUUAUUGUGUGGAGCAUCAAUCGCAACGAGCCUCUGUUUAAAGUCAAGUGUGGUGGAGGCCACCGUGCCUGGGACUUCUUUCUACGUGCUAUUGAGGUGACUCCAGACACCGAGGCCGUGUUCGCAUUUCUUAAAGGCAACCAGAUCUAUGUGAACUGUAGAGUGGUACGCAACCCGUUCAACAAACCUGUCCUUAAGGAGCCAUUUCACGGACGGGAAGUCACUUGUGUGCGCCUCGCUGGCGUCUCAUCUUCACUAGAGGAAAAGCACCACUUUUUUCUGACUGGUAGUGAAGACAACACCAUUAACCUGAUGAGUUAUGAGCCCAAAACAGGUCAAACCUGUAAGUUCUUCACAGCACAAGGACACAUAUCCAGUGUACGAGCCCUCAGUCUCUCCAAAACAAACUCCCCCGACACCGUCACGGCCGUCUUGCGUGACCAAAAUUCAAAAGCGUCACGUAACCACAGCCUAUUGUUCUCGGGAGGAGGUCGCGCGUCACUGAAGUGCUGGCGCCUCGACUUGACGUCAAUCUCUAGAGGCAACGGUCGCCACGACAACAAUGUGUCGCCAGCGCCUCUGACAUUUCUUGCAGAGUAUUCGUCACGCUUGAGUCACCACAAGCGCAAGCGAAAGAAGAGCGACGAGUAUCUUUAUUCAGAGAUACGAUUUAUGUCUUUGACUUCAUUUCCUUUUUGUGAUGUCAUAAGAGACGGCAGCGGGAGGUUGAUUGACAGGUGUAAGUCACUUCAUGGUGUCGCCGCUGCGUGCUCAGAUGGUUUUGUCAGGUUGUUCGUGUUUGACGAUGUAGAUUCGCGGUUUUCUUUUGUGGCCCAGUCCAGUUAUCUGAAGCGCUGUGUUCUUACCAUCACGCACGUGAUUCAUACCGGUCACGCACGUGAUACACACGUGAUCAUAUUCGCCGGGGAUACCGCUGGUCGUGUGACAUCGUGGAACAUAACGCACCACGUGACGCUGUACCUUCAGUCAUUAUUGGAGGAUGACUUAAGCGGUGGUUAUGAUGUUAGUGCGGGUAAACUGGAUAACACUGAUAUGAAACAAAGAUGCGAGGAUGCUCUUUGUGAUGAUGAACUUAAUAAAAGAAAUUGCAAUAAUCAAUCUGUAAGGCUUGUCCUCGAUGGACUGCGUACUGAGGAAUCAGAAGGGACUGCUGCUGAGCAGGCUCGUUUCUCUUGCAUGUCGUUAGUUGAUGAUUACCUUGGAAAUGCCCUACACGUCUUCAAAGCUCAUCAGUCAGGCGUCAAUGACAUCGCCAUUCGUGAAGGUCCAGAAUAUUACACUCUAUGCAGCGGUGGAGAUGACAGCGCAGUGUACAUAGCAGAGUUUUUGUACUCAACGUCACUUGAUGUCCACAUGAUCAGAGAGUUGAUGAUUUCCUCUGCGCACACGUCAUCAGUCACCGCCGUUUCCAUUAUUGAUGAGGGUCACGUGGCUUCAGUGUCAACUGACCAACGGUUAAAGCUGUGGGGACUAAAACCGAAAUCUCAGGAGGAAGGCGAUGUCAGGCAAGUAAUGGAGACAUUCGUGGAUGUCCCGGAUGUACAAGACAUGCAGAUCUGGCAUAUGAGCGACAACGAGGUUGCUAUCGCUGUGGUCGGAGUGGGCCUCCAAAUGCUACGCCUGACAACAUGUGAACAACCACUAAACAUACAGCAGACGGGCUCGUGAAUUUGCUGACUUAAAUUUCGUUACAUAUUCUCAAAAUCAAAAUACAAAUAAUUUUCCAUAAAUAUAUUUGUACAUAGAUUAUUAUGUAAGAUAAAGGUAUAUUUAUAUAUCUA